CACCAAGCAGCACAGAGAGCCAGUCUGUUUUCAGCUCCCAGUUCCUCUGCAGCUCCUCUGCCAGACAGCACUCACCCUUCCAGCAUCACACACUCUCAAACACAUUCACUGUCACUAUCCGACAGCUGACAACACCACCUCCUUUCCCCAGCAGCAGCUCAGGCUCGCACAGUCAGAUCCAGAAGAGAAAAAGGGGGCGUGGGGGGGAAGAAAGAAAGAGAGCGAGCGACUCGGCCGGUGGUGCAGACUCCCCGGCUCUGAGGCGGCUGGGGUCGGAGGCUGGAGAGGGCGACUGGAGAAUGGAAUGGAACCUCAGAAGGAUGGAAAGUGAACUGAGGCACAUCAACCCGGACCUGCUGCAGCCCAGCAAGAGCUUCAAGAAGCCCUCCUCAGGUACCAUCACCAUCAACGUAGGGGGGUUCCUGUACACCGCCCAUCGGACCACCCUGGUCAAACAACAGGGUUCCUUUCUGGAGGAGCUGGCCAACGGUAAGAAGCCGGUUCAGCACACUGACUCCAUGGGCAAUCCGUUUAUAGACAGAGACGGUCCAGCUUUCCGCCAUGUGCUCAACUACCUCCGAACCGGAGAGCUGCAGCUGCCCGACGACUUCCGGGAGGCGGGGCUCCUGCGGCGCGAGGCUGACUUCUACCGCCUGAGCGAACUGGUGGAAGCCGUGCUCGACUGGGAGAGCCAGCGGGCGGCCCAGCGGGAGGCCGCCUUCCUGGAGAUGACGGACAGCCACGAGAGGUCGCAGGGCCUCAAGGUGUACUGCAGUGACUCCACCUUCCUCGACAGGGUCAAAGGGCGGCUGGUGCAGAUCUCCAAAAGCCGCCUGGACGGCUUUCCGGAAGAAUUCGUGGUGUCGUCCAACGUGAUCCAGUUCCGCCACUUCAUCAAGUCGGAGCCGGGCUCGCGGCUGGUGCUGAAGGAGGACAGCACAUUCUUGUGCACACUUGACUGUCUCAAACUAGAGACGGUGAUGCUAGCGCUGAAGGCGGGCUUCAAGCUGGUCACCAGCCUCGACAGCAGCAAAGGCUCCGUGGUGGCGGCCGAGGCCCUGCACUUUGUCAAGUAGGACGAGGGAGAAGAGAGGGGGGGGCGAGUGGUGCCUGGUAACAUAACCGCACCGCUCACGUAAGGUAUUGGCUUGUAAAUCUCGUAACAUGUGCUGAGCUGUGAUGUGAUUUUGGGUGGGGGGGGGAGGAGGGUUGA